ACCAGAUCUAAGGAGAACUUUUUUUUUCUACUUUUUUUUUGUCCUCCCACAGACCUGCAAUUGUUACAUUCCUUGUUCUCAGGUUUCCUGGCUCAGGUGGAGACUGACUGGAAAGGUUGGGUACAGUGUUGCCCUCACAUGGGGCGAUGAUGGAUGCGUCCUUCAUCCUGCGCUUUUCCUAGACCAUGAAGAGUCUGCACAUUAGAAGCAUUUACUGUGACCGCGACUGAUGCACAGUAUGGAGGGGAGCAGAGACCUAAUGGUAAGAAAGUCGCUCUGGCACUGGAGGGGGAACAUGCAAACUUUUAUCUAGAAACCUAGGUGAGAUCCAAUGCUCCGGCUGCUGGGAACAGUGAUUCAUAUGAUAUUUAGCUGCAGGGAUUCUCGCUCGGGUAAAAUCUGUUGAACUGUUUUAUGUUGGAUUCUAAAACUAAUCUGGUCCUUACUAACAAUAAGAUAAUUGGAAAUUCCGCAGGUUUAGGAGCCUGACCUGGACAUCUACAAAGUGUCCAAUUAACUUAUUGUAAGUAGCAAAAUGUGCUCACUCAACCCCUAACUGUCCCAAGCAAAUUGGGGCUGGCUGAGUUGGUGAGAGUUGUAUUUCAGACUCACAUUUGUUACAUUUUGAGUGCGGUACUCCUUGACUCAGCCUUGAUUUACCAAAAACACCAAAAAGGAUCUUAGAUUCAUUUUAUUUACAGGUAUUUAAUUCUUUAUUAAAAUAUAAUUGCAAAAAUACUUAGAAUUGCAAAGCAGGCUGUCCACCACUUAUUUAAAGUUUUUUAACCCCUUAAGGACACGUGACAUGUCAUGAUUCCCUUUUAUUCCAGAAGUUUGGUCCUUAAGGGGUUAAGUGAAUAUUACAUUUCUCCCACCAAGUGUCAUGAUCUCUUAGCCCUCAACAAGGGUACAACAGGUGGCACAGAUGUAAAAAUUUUAUUUGUAUUUUUUGCAUUGCGUGGCACAUAUCACCCUGGGGAGACGAUUGGAUAUUUUAAAUUAAAUGUUCAAAACCACCCAACUGGUUAGGUUCUUAUUUUUGGUGCAACAACUGUUUGCUUCCAACAGACUUAGAUUAGCAAGUGCAUGAUUGCUUCCAUUAGCCUUGGAUUAGAAAGUGGUGAAUAGCAUGUGUGUUUUCAUUAACUUUCAACUAAAAGGCAGUACAUGGAGUGCAUGGUUUGAAUAGUAUUGGAAUACAAUAUUGUGCAGGUAGUGAUUCCUUUCAGUAGCACUGGAUUGGAAAAUGGUGCAUACAGUGCUUGCUUACUUGAAGCAUUGUAUUAGAAAGUGGCACAGUGUUUGCUUCAUUAACCCAAGGUUAGAAAGUGGUCACAUAAAGACUAAGAGUGUGUUGUUGGUGGAGAUUUAUCAAAGUGUCAACAACACUUUUUACAAUAUUUUUUGCCAAAUUUCGGAUACAAUUUAUUAAAUCUGUUGCUUCUUUAGCACGUUGCACCCUAACCAUAAUUUUUGAAAAUAUGCCUUUUUCCAUCUUUUUUUUUUUUCCCAUCAGAAAACUGUUGUUUGAUUUCUCCUUUCAGCGGUCUUCUGAAAUGGAAAUUUCUGCAGAAACUGCUGGAAUUAACUAUAAAAAUAAAAUAAAAAAAUUUUGAUUUGCUAUUUGAGCACCCCUCCACAGCUCCGGGCGAACAUGAAGGGGACAGCGUUUCUUCCAACCGGUUCCGACUGGGACACAAGUAGCCCCCUAUCUGCCGGUGUGGCCAAAGGCACCCAUCUGUCCUGCCUUAUACUAGCUCUGGCCCUGGGAGGGUGUGGGGUCCUAGGAGAAUGCCCUGCCCAAGGGUCCUUCAUAAUACAAGUUCUUUCCGUACAUUUGGUACAGAGGUGUAGUUAGGAUCUCCUCUGUCAAUUCAUAUAAACAGUUUCUCAUUGUAGAUAUACAUCUGUUUAUGUCACAGCCUUGUGCUGCCCAUCAACAUAGCAAGUUUUAAAUUCUGAUGUUGUUAUGGUGAUGCAGAACACACCAGCAUAACACUGCUGUUAAUAACUGCCCCAUUUGUAAUGAAGCCAUUUGGGUAAGGUUAGGUGGAAAGUUAAGGAAAGGUUAGGGGAUGUUUCAUUGGUGGGCAUCAUUAGAGGACCGGGGUAGUUGGGUUUAAAUUGCUCUUAGUGAUGGGGGUUGCCAGCCAGAUGCUGUGGAUUGUAACUCAUAUGACUCUUAGCCAAGCACAGCUAUACUGAGUACACUGCUGUACCCUCCAUCAUUACAGUCCCAGGUCCACCACACUACCCAGGGCUCUUACUAGGGCUAUUAUAAGCGGUGAUAAUAUUAAACCUCUUUUUAAAAAAAUAAUUCUUAUAGUUUCUCUAAUUGAUGGAGACAUUUGAGGGCUGGUAUUUGACAAAUGCUAGCGGAAAACCUGCAUGCAUGACAGUGAAUCAGAGAGACUCUGGCAGGGGAUAAAAUGCUAUGUAGCUCAAAAUGUGCGUGCUAUUGUGUUCUACUAUUCUAACUGCAAUAUUUAUUUAUUUUUAAAUACUUGUUUCACGUUUAAAACAUUUUCUAACAGUUUAACACUAAAUAAGAGUCCCUGGCUACCCACAGCCGGCCCCUUCUGGAGGCGUGGCUAAGGCAGAGAUUACACACUUCCUUGUAGUCAUACCUUUCAUACCAUCUGUUGGAGCUCUGAUAGGAUAAAAGCAGUCAGCUGACACUCUCAGCCAAUCACAGGUGCCCAUUGAUGCUCGGGCUAAUACUUCUUCAUUAUACCAAGCAACACAGAGGGGAUGGACUACUGGGGACUGUCGUUUAGCAUUAAAACAUAAAACCUUUAAAAACUGUUUAAUGCUGAAUGAAGCUAUGGCACCAUGACAUUUCAGACACUAUAACCAGUUUAAUGAGAUGAAACAGAUAAUAAUAAUAAUAAAACGAAAUCGGCAUUAGCUGGUAUGUGUAAAAAAAAAAGAAUACAAUAUGUGUGUGUGUAUGUGUGUGUAUAUAUAUAUAUAUAUUUUAUAUUAUAUAUAUAUAUGUGUGUAUAUAUAUAUAUAUAUAUAUAUAUAUAUAUAUAUAUACACACAUAUAUAUAUAAUAUAAAAAAUGCCAAAAGAUAGCUGCUCACCGGUCUUUUAAAAUUCAAAUGCUUUAUUCAAAUCAGGAUAAAAUCAGCGACCAACGUUUCAGUCCCCGCUCGGGACUUUCCUCAGGGUUUCAGACUGAAACGUUGGUCACUGAUUUUAUCUUGAUUUGAAUAAAGCAUUUGAAAUUUAAAAGACCGGUGAGCAGCUAUCUUUUGGCAUUUUGUAUCUUUGGAGUCCAGGCUUUGGCACCCAGCUAAUGUGGAUUUACUAAGCGUGAGUGCAGGGGAUUGUUUCUGUGUGUGUAUAUAUAUAUAUAUAUAUAUAUAUAUAUAUAUAUAUAUAUAUAUAUAUAUAUAUAUAUAUAUAUAUAUAUAUAUAUAUAUAUAUAUAGUAUGUAACACAUGUUCAGGGGCGGACUGGAGAUACGAAGCAGCCCUGGAAAAAAAUCUAUGCCAGCCCCACACGUCAUUGUGCUAUGUAGGGUGUAUAUGUGUAUAUAUAUAUAUAUAUAUAUAUAUAUAUUAGGCAAUUGAAAUAGUUGGUUGCACUCUCGGAUUUACUUAAAAUUUAACUUUUAUUGAAAUAUUUAAGAGAAGAUCAACGUUUCAGUCCCUCUUGUUGACUUGCAUCAGGAUCAUGACGAAAGUCCACAAGAGGGACUGAAACAUUGAUCUUCUCUUAAAUAUUUCAAUAUAAGUUAAGUUUUAAGGAAAUCUGAGAGUGCAGCCAACUAUUUCAAUUGCCUGGAUACUGGAGCCCUGGUGAUGCAACAGUGUGUGUGUAUAUAUAUAUAUAUAUAUUUUUUUUUUAUUAUUAUUGAUACAUUUCUUCUUCUAAUUCAAAAUAUUAGUUCUUUUAGGGUAAUUAAAUUAUACAGUAAAGCAUACUCACACUCACAGACAGACACAGACAAUCUUACUGAUGCACACAAAUAGACUCAUUGACAGACAAUCUCAAUGACACACACAGACAAGGUUAUUCGCACACACACAAAUUUAGUACAGACAAACUCUGAUACACGCACAAGCUUACUACAGACAAGCUCACUAUCACACACACGCUCACUACAGACAAGCUCCCUGAUGCGCACACACUCUCCCUACAGACAAGCCCAUUGACACACACAUGCUCCCUACAGAAGAGCUCACUAACACACAGAUUCACUACAGACAAGCUCACUGACACACACAUGCUCACUACAGACAAGCUCACUGACACACAUAUGGUCACUACAGACAUGCUCACGAUCACACUCAUGCUUACUACAGACAAGCUCACUGUACACACAUGCUCACUACAGACAGGCUCCGACACACCCAUGCUCCUUACAGACAAGCUCACUAACACACACACACACACACAUAUGAUCCCUACAGACAAGCUCACUGAUACACAUACAAGCUCACUAGCAGACACACACACAGAGGCUCCCUCUCUAUCAGAUGUGCGCACACACAGAGGCAGACAGUCACUGACACCGAGGCAAACAUCCACACAUACAGAGACAGGCAGACAGUCACACACUCACAGACAGUCACACACACACACAGACAGUCACACACUCACAGGCAGUCACACAAUCACAGGCAGUCACACACAGACACACUGACCUGCUUCUUACCUCCUGCUUGGAGCAUGUUACGAAAGUAGUGAAUGAACAAAUAUGUGUUUUCUCAAUACAGAAACUGUUACUAUUUAUGGAGCAAGAAGAAUACAAAGGUUUAAGGGGGCCCUCUAAUUACCCCAGUAGCUACAGCAUAUUGUGGUGGUUAUGGUGCAAAGAGUUCUUGGUUGCAUACAUCUGGUUAAUGGCGAAUAGUUUGAGUGGUUUGACAAUGAUCAAGACUCUUCCAGUAGCAAAUUGUUGGCAGUAGCUGAGUAUCUCGACUUUAGUGCCAGGUGAGUCCCGUUUCUUUUGAAACCACUGGAAAAACAAUUUUAAAAAAAAUCUGGAUGGACUUUUUGAGGCCCACCCAUUUAUCCAUCCAUCCGCUCAUGUGUCCAUCCAUCUAUCCAUCGCCAUCUGAUUUUGGUGUAUAAACAAAUGCUUGUUAGGAGAAUGCUUGUAUUUGGAUACAUUAUGUCUUUUACAGCUGCCUUUGCUCUACCGUCUAUCUUUUUAUUUGUUGAUGAAUCUAUCUGCGUGUCUGUCUAUGUCAGUUAUAGAAGUAAAUUGUAUUUUUUUUAAUAUAUGUUCAUAUAUGCCUAAUACUAGUUCUAAGCUUUCUUCAGCCCCCCACAGAAAGAAGACCCACUGAGAGAUCUAAAGCGCCCUCGCGAAUCUUCUGGGGUUUCCUGGCCGCAGCGUUGCUCUUCUCCAUUGUGGGAAUCUGUGUUGUUGGUAUCCUGGGCUGGAAGGACAAUAAAACAAAGGUGCUUAGUCUAACUCUGAAAUCAGAUAACACCAGGUUGAACAAGUCUGUCUCAUGUACGUGGUAAAGGGCACGGCAAAGUAAAGAUUUAAUCCAUGCACUGCCAAAAAGGCUUGGUCACUUCAAGUGCCAUGGUGCGGCUUAACCCCCGUGUUAAAACAUUGAGCAGACAGCUGGCAUUCAAAAGGUUGAGCUAAGGUGGUAAAACUGAACACCAAAGGGGUAGAAACAAUAAAUAUUAUAGUUAUUUGUGGCAAUAAUUUAUUGUUGAGUUUUGUGCUCUGACCAGAUAAUAAAUCUACUUCAUAUCAUCACCUUCUUUCCAAAAAGUAUAUACUUUACUUUUACAUUAAAAAUUCACCCCAUACGCCCUAUGUAAUUUCCCCUUUACUCUAUCGCAAUAUUUAUUUUUUACCCUUCGGAGAAAGAAGAAUAUUUCUCCUAGGAUUUCAUUCUGUCCCUCCGCAUAGUUGCAGAGGCAGAUAUAGAUUAAAGUGCCUUUUGGGAAGAGAGAUAGACUGAUUCUAUAAAUUGUGCUAAUUAGAUGAACAUUAAUUUCUGCAUAUGUCUCUUGUUGAUAUUAUACAUUGAAGACUAUGAUCUGGAGGAAUAUAGAGACGACCUGAUAUGAGUAUGGAACUAUCAUUUAAAUUUGGUGGUACCGUAUAUUUUUGUCAAUUUUUUUUUUUAUCGAGUGGACAUAAAUAGAACCCAGAUAAUAUAUCAUGGUGUAGACAUCAAACAGAGAAACACUGAGCAUAGCAGUCUAUCCUACAAAGAUAACAGACACUCUUUUUUUUGACAGACACACGGUUUAAGUAAAAUAACAAACAAAAUGAUACACGCUUUGUACGUCUUUGUAGAAUCCCCUGGGAGACCCUUACUAAGCAGACACAACAGAAAGUGUUGUAUCAAAAAAGAGAGAGUACCUAACUAGUGAGGGCACACCCCAGUGAAGAAUAAAAGCACAUAUAAGCUUAAAAUCAUGGCGAUCUGGGGUAUCCCGAGGACAUCAUUUAAACUGUUACAGACUGAGAGCCUACGGUGGUCACAGGGCUCAAUGAAAACACUCAGUAACCUCAGAAGGUGUGUAUGUGUGGGAGGAGAAGGGGUGCUGGGUAGGAGACAAUAUAAUAUACUCCACAGAAAAAUAUAGAUAGACUGAGGUACAUGCCUUGUACCCUAGAUAGAAGAAACCACAAUUAGUACAAAUGUAAAAGCAACUUACCCAAUCCACAUGUGCAGAAAAACAUAAAAGCAAAAGCCCGACAAGCCCCGUCUGGGCAUGAAUAUCGGGGAUAUGUGGAAGCAGACCCAUGAGACAGCCGGUGCAACAAUGUCGUCCCUGCACGGAGGAUGUUCCGAUUUUUCGGACGGAACGUCCGAUGAAGGAGAAGGGAGCUUCAUGCCGAUCAGAGCUCCACCACCGCCAGACAGGCCUCGAGUGCCUGCAUCAGCUCCCACACCGGUGACCAUGGAGGCCAUCAGGGAGCUCAUUGCCGCCCAUCACAGCAAAAUCUCAGCAGAAGUGGCCACGAUAAGGGAGGAUCUGAAAGGCGUCUCAGCACGGCUCUAGGGGCCAUACACGCCAGAUAGAGGAGCUGAAAGCAGCAGUCCACGACCUCAAACAACUAGCAUCACUCCAUAACCAACAACUGGCCACACAAGAGGAUAAGCGACGUCAAAACAAUCUAAAGCUAAGAGGGGUCGCUGACACUGUGCCCGAGGCCGAGCUCCCACAUUAUGCCAGGGGGUUGCUGACCGCGUUCCUAACCCCGAAAGCGGCCAAAUCCAUAAUAUUGGAAAACAUCUUCCGUAUACCACAGCCAGCUACAGCACCACCAGCUGCCACAGGGGACAUAAUCCUCCGAUUUCAAAGCACGAGGGACAAGAGGACCGUUCUAGAAGCCACCAAGGGCCUAACAACUUAUACUUUUGAGGACAUGACUCUGUCGUUUUAUGCAGAUCUCUCAAGUGGAACGCUGAACUGGAGAAGAUCCCUCAAACAGCUUACAUCCUUCUUGAGGCAGAAACAACUCAGGUACCGCUGGGGCCCAGGCCGCGCCCUACACAUAGAAGGCGCAAUCGGCAAACUGGUGGUGCGAGACCUACAAGAGGUCACAAGGACACUGGAAGACCUGCAACUACCACUGAUGGCACUGGACAUUGCGAAUCCACCAGCUGAAACUACAAGCAGCCUAGGGAGGAACGCGGUUGGCGCACCAAUCUUUGUGUCACGACAACCCCCCGCAGGGCCACAUGCGGCUGCCACAACCUGAAAUAGGACAAAAACUACCGGGAUGCUCUCCCACCUUUUUCUUUUACCGGGCAACAGUCUGGCCCGCUGCUCAACAGAUGAGAACAUCGAGAGUAAUCGAGACACUCUGUCCACACUGUCUCUCUCGCACUUUUAUUACUCUUUGUUCGUUAUCUGUUUUUUUUUUUUUCUGUUUAUUGAUGCUGACUCGUUUUAAAUGUUUAACACAACUGCAUAGGCACCCACAAUUACAACACGUACCCAAGCAACAAGAUCAGGCAGAUGCCGAUUAACAAAUCAGCUUAAAUGCCUGACCCGCCACCUUAAGCGAGGUAUAACCUCUCAGACAACAUAACAUAACCUGUAACAACCCUGUUUUCCCAUAAAAAACUUCCGAACGUUGUCAUACAGUGGAAUCCACAAUAACGUCCCAGCCUGCACUUAAUAAAACCCCAGCCUGCACUUAAUAACGCCCCAGCCUGCACUUAUAAGGCUCUUAGCCUAUACAUACACAAACGGUGCCCUUCUGAUACGGCUGGCAAGCACUUUGAGAGAGGUCCUACUUACUCCUACUCAUUUAGAAAUGUUAAUUUCCAACUAGUCUAAUAUAAGCAUAAAUAAACCUUUUUACAUCGACCAUACGCUCACAACCUGUAAUGUUGCAAUAUAAAAAUGUGCUGCACCUUCCACAUGCUGACCAAUUGUUAAUAUCUGUUUGGUAUCAUGCUUGUCAAAGCUGUUGGGACAUGACGAGCCCACUUCAUAUAUUUUCAUGCACACCAUAACAUGAUAUUGCGCAUAGUUAUUACAUACUCCUGCUUAUUUAGCAAUGCCUGUCUUGGCAUCACUUUGAUAUGCCUGUUUUUUCUUUUGUUAAAUUUCGUUUGUUAAAUCUUUUUGGUUAAAUCGUGAAUUUCUCACUCAAACAAAGUGCAACGCAUAACGAACAUGUCACCAGAAUUGUCUUCAUUUGCCUACUACAGUAAUAUUAUGUGACAACCUUGACAAAUGUACCUACCAAUGCACUUUCAAAAAUAAAGAAUUGGAAAAAAAAAAAAAAAAUGACAGUACUAAAGCAAACUAUAAAACUAAUUUGGUCCUAUCUUGAAUAAAACUUUAUUUACUAAAGUGCCAUUUGUUGGAAAUUCAAGGUGAAUUGAAGGUGAAUUUCAAAUUUAAGGCCCAAGGAGCCAAACUGGAAGCAUAGCAAUUUUUCAGUUCAGCUAAUUUCAAUUUAAUUUUAAAAAUCACUUUGAAAUCCCAUCAGUCCUCACUUUAGUGACUAACUCUGUAAUGGUAUAAAUGUAGGGGUGGUGGGGAACAGUGGCCUAGGCCAGUGACCCUCAUCUAUUGCUGGAGCAGCUGUUGAGAAAUCAAUCCUAUCAUUCUCAGCCAGUCAUUAGCUGCCUAGGCUUGAUGCUGGCUGAGGGUGCUGUAUCUCCCAUCAAGUUUUGGGAAUUGAAGGUCAUGACAGCUGAAGUCAGAAUUAGAUGAAUUGAUUGUACCAACCAGCAUUCUCACAUUCCAAGCGUUGGUUCUAAAAAAGAAGGACAAUGGCCACUUGAUAAGUACGAGAAUGUCCUUCCUUUCACCUACUGGCGUGUGGAAUUAAUUACUUGGCACUAAAUAGGAAUUCUAUCCACAGAGGUCAUGUCACUAGACAACUUUAACCUGUAACUCUUCUCGUACCUGAACAUCUUUAAACAACUGAUCCUGACAUCCAUCACUGUCUAACCCAUUUAAACGGGCAGUUUGACAUGAUGUGCUUCGUUAGUGAGAUGGUAUGAUUGUUCUACAUUCACUAGAGCGCAGUGUCGAUACUGUGAAGGCUAUAACGGAGAUUUAUUACUGAGUGGGUUAUAGAGGUAUUCUCUGUAAUGUAACCACAUGUCCUCAGAGAGUGGGGCAGAGUGGACCUCCUUAUUACCUGUGGAUACUUUAUGGAAAUGGAUAUUCUGACAAUUGAAAGUCCCAUCACCUUUAUACAGGUUUUGCGUUGAUGUUAAACACAGCAUCUCAGCUGAAGGUGUACCCCUAACCAAUAUGGAUAGUCCCCUAACCCUAAACAUUGUGUUUAUGGAAUACCCAAACUCUAUGCAACAUUUUGUACACAGAAUAAAAUUAAUGCUCCCUGCUCAUGAUGUAGCCAGAGUUGCAUAUAUUACCUAUCUAAAAGUAACCCUCAACUAACAAUUGUGUACCCCAUAAUACUAUGUAUUCCUAAAUGAAACCAUUCCAAAAGUACACCCUGGCAUUAUGUACCCUGUAACUCAUUUAAUAUUGCUACUAUGGAUACAGACCUAUUACAAAUCCGCCUUUUUAAUUUUUACAUGUGCCAUUUCACUAGUCCAAGUAAAAUGAAUCCCCACGUAAUGAUCCAAUUACAAUACCCAUGUGGGUCAUCCUCUGUUACGGUUGUGUUCUCAUGUAUAAUUGUAUAUAUAUAUUUUUUUUAUUCUUUUACAACCACUACAGCUCCUCACGUGGCAACACAGGUACCAAGAACACUGCUAUAAGGUGACUCACACACUUCUUGUAAGUGCUCAAUAAAUAGGAUGAACGAUUUCACAUUACAGCAAUCUCAACACUGGAUGUCAUGUGAUAUUUGCUAAAAGGACUGCUCCCUGCAGUUGGUGUACAGUACUUUUUAAUUACGUUUUAUUUAUUCAUCAAACUACUGCACACAGUUAGUCUGUCAGCAUACACAGAGAAUCAUUGGCUCCCUACGCAAUCAAACUCCUUUCUUCACUGCCGACAGGCAUAAUUAAAGAAAAACUAUCACAUUAAAAAUAAACAUUUUUUUUUUAUUGGUUUUUAAUUCACAGUUAAGGCAUAUCAAUACAUACACGCUUGAAUGGUACAUUCGUACGAGAAUGAGUAAACAGAUAAGGGAACCAGAGCAAAUACCAGCACAGCAAGCUAUGAAUUGAAAUUUUAACUAUAAUAUAUCCUAACAAGUUACAUCUGAAGGAACUCUGCUAUAGCUUAACUCUAUAUAGAUCUCAUGCCGCAAGGUAUUACUAAUUUAAGAUCUUGGAAUAAUACUGAAUGUGUGGACACAUCAUAAAACUAAAUCAAACGAGGUGAGGCUGCAAUAAGUUAGGAUAAGCUGCUUAACAAGAUGAGUUAGAUAGUGAUAUCUGCAUAUAAGUCUGGUGUGGACUGCCUAGGGGUAAACGGGAUCGCAGUCGCUGGAUUCCAUCGGUGAGGUGCAUGGUCUGCCGCACAGGGUCCCGUGAGAGUCAGAGAGUCCAGGGGGAGACUCCGAGUGCCCAAUAAUGCCUCUUUAAGAUAGUGUAUCAUGUGCUUGUCUUCGCCCUUGAGGACCAUGAGUGUGUGCGACAAUCGCCAUCUGUACUGUAUGUUGUGCUUUCUGAGUAGGGAUGAGAAUGUCAGAGGUGAUCUUCUCCAUGCCAGAGUUCCUUCCAAGAGGUCUGCAUAAAAGGUGAGUGACAGUGCUUCAAAGUCAUAGGGCGUGCGUUCCCUAAUGGCAAUGAGAACCCCGGCCUUAACCCCGACUGCUGGAAAAGUUCCACCAGAUCUCUAGGUACUGCAGCCAGAACCUUAGACAGAAGAAUCCGUCCUGCCCCACUGCCUUGCCUUGUCUUGGAGACAAUAGUGCAACUAUGAGGCAUAUCAAUAUAAGAUUGGUUAAUUCCACUGCCGGAGUAUCCUCCCUAAUGCCCCGAAUCGUAACAUUUUUUCUGUGCCUCAUAUCUUAUGUUGCUGCAAAGCGGUGGUCAUAUAUUUUGUUUUGUUCCAUUCUCCAAGACUCCCAGCCUGCCUGUGCGGGUUGUCGCUACAUUAGUCAGGAUGUUUGUCUGGAGGUCCACCAGCACUGAAGUUGUCUCCAGAGCAGCCUCUGGACUUGAAGGUGCCCACACCAGGGGGAGCGUAACUGGCAUGUCAUCCACCUCCUCCUCAGUGGACAAGUCGUGGAAAAUUUUGGAAUAGGCCUCUGGGUAGGUGGCCAUUUUGGGCCCAUCCGCACCAUGUGCUUGCUCGAUGUUAAAACCAGCGGAUUUCCAGUUUCAGUUUUUUAGUCUUUGGACUCGUGCUUUAAGUAAGCCACUCAGGUCACCCUCGUCAGGGUGAAAAUAGUGCCAAAUGCUCAGAAAAAAAAAAAAAAAGCCACACUUACAUGUAAUUCAGUGCUGGGACAGUCUCGUCUCGCAGCCCAAUCCAAUCACUGUGAAUCACAUGGCAGAUUAGACUAAAUACAGAUAAAUGUAAAGUUAUGCAUUUUGGAAUAAGGAACCUACUAGCAAUAUAUUCAUUAAAUUGGGUUGAGUUAAAGGCCAACUAGGAAGGUGCUGUUAUUUAUAAAAAACAUAAUUUCUUUGUCAAUCUUUGUUUUUAUUGAGGCAUUAGAUAAGACAGUACAGAAUGUAAAACAGGGAGUUAAAGCAUAUAAACACAUGGUAUAUAAGGUACUUAAACUCCAGCAUGGAACAGCCUCUUUCUAUAUAUUACAUAAGAUAACAAUGCAGGUUAAACUACUAGUGUUAGCAGUGAUGUGUAUCUAGUUGUAAGGAAUCUCAAGGCAAUUCAGGCAUCACGUUACACUGUGCAUUAAUUGUAUGUUGUAAUACAGGCUUCAUAAAUACAAUUCUAGUAGAGUGAACAUAUAUAGGGUUACGAUAGCUGGAGCCUAGAACUGUAGGUGGCAACGAGGGUAUGAACCACUGAGUGAUUAGAGCUAACUAUGACAGGUAUUUAAUUGGGUCUCAUGUUAAUUCUACUAGCGUAUGCAUGAAAGAGUCAUCUGGGUCUAAUCUCUCUUACAAAUGAACACUAGACUUAGAGCGUGGCAAGGAAUAUGUUAUGCAAGUGAACUGCAGAAACAUGGUGACACGUCAUGUCCGAAAAAUGUCGCCAACCUCAGUUUGCAUACUGUUAAAGUUAGCGUACAUUAGGCAGAGAGCCAGGAUGAAUACGACCAUAGCAUACAUAGGAGCAAGACAAGAAUAAGUACUAGAGAGAACAGUAAUACAGGUAGAACAAACAUUUCAAAUUAAUCUAGUUCCCACCAGUAUUGCAUAAAUCAGAUAGGUAAACUAAACAGUAAAUUAGAGCUUAGUAGAAAUUAAAUGAUGUCGGACAGAUGUGUGGUAUUGGCCAUGAACCAAGGCUGGAAAGUUCUGCCUCAGCCAAUGCCAAGACUCAGGAAGAUGUGGAGGUUUCCCAGUGUUGAUGCAAGGCGGGGGGUGAGCCGUGGUGACCCUCCAGCCUCAGGCCGUGUUGAGGGCCUGCAUCAUUGUACCAUGGACUCCGGGUCUCGCAGCGGAGUCCAAGUCCCUCUCCAAUGGGAUGCGUCAGAAGCUCUGGUUGUUAAGUCGCCGCCUGCAGCGCAGGGUUUUGCGCCUCUUUGGUGGAUGCAAUGGGAGGGUAUCUCCGGUGGCUCUCAGCCUAGGCGGGCGAAGUUUAGGAGAUUCGAUAUCCUGGGAGGAAAUUGCGCCAGAAGUCUUUGCAAAGACUUCUGAUUGAGCUGCAUUGGGAAGUCUGUUAUUGGACAGCCACAGAAAGUUUGGGCGGGGUUAGAAGGGGAGGGCUUGUAAAGGCUACAGGCAAGAGAUCUGCAGUUAUUGCAAACCAAGAUUUCAUAUACAUCAAAGAAAAUAUUCAAAAUAUAUUGGCUAUGCACGUAUAUCUACCAAAUUGUUUUUAUGGAGUUUUCCUUUAAUGAAUCUUUAUAUUCAGCCCCUAUUACAGGUUGUUCGCCUGACGUAUAAAAACCCGCAGGGAUCCCCAGUGAACCAAUCUGCUGUCACCGACAAGAGAAGGAGUACAGUCACCUACAGAGUUACCUCCAGGAACCAGACGUCAGUCGUACUGUUUGACAGUAAACAUGUGAGUUCACAUUGGUUACAUACUAGAGAAUAAUACAGGAAAACCACUCACUAUAGGCAUGUGUAAGGCAGGCACUGUGAACAGUCAAGGGGAGCAGACACUGUGAACAGGGGGAGGAAGAGCAGUGAUCGGUCCAGGGGGAGCAAGCACUACAAUCAGCCAGACUCAGGUGGGGAACAGACACUAUGAUCAGUGAACAGGGGGAGGAAGAGCAGUGAUCGGUCCAGGGGGAGCAAGCACUACAAUCAGCCAGACUCAGGUGGGGAACAGACACUAUGAUCAGUCAGGGGGGCUAGCAAUCACUAUAAGGAAGGAGGAACAGACACCAUGAUCGAACAGGGGAGCAGGCACCUUGAUUUGCAAGGGGUAGCAAGCAUGAUGAGCUACAAAUUGAUCAAACACAAUGGCCAGCUAUGGGAACAGAGGAGGCAGAGGCUGCAGGUACAAUGAUCACAAAAGAAGGAACAUGCUUUCCCUUGUCUCCUCCACAGGGGCUGGUUUGCUACAAGGCUGCGGGAGAGCGGUCCUGCUUCCUGCGAAAGAUGGAAUCGCGAGAUUUUGAAAACAUUCAGUCCAUUUUAAAUGUUUCAGAACCCAAGGUGGGUACCAUAUACAGAGGGGCAAAGUUCGUGUUUGCUGAUCAGACUGUUGGACAUAUAAAAUAUGCAGAGUGCAGAUCUACAUAGCUUCUACCGUAAGCAGUGACCUUAAAUUUGAAAUUCACUUUGAAUUCCCACUUUAGUAAAUAGAGAUUGGAGGAAGAAACAGAGCUUCAAGACUAAUAUUGAGACCCCACGAUAUCCUCCAUAGACCAACUCUCGCAAUGUGCAAGAAAAAGCCUGAUGGCUGUGUUAAUCGACAAAAACUGAAGGUGGAAGAUCUGCCUUUUGUCAACUUUAGUUUUCACCAGGAGACAAACUAAUCCCUACUUUGUUUUAUCAUAUCUAUUGAUUUAGUUGCAUUUCAAUAAACUUCCAAUGUUAUCAAUGUGAGGUUUUUCAAAAAUCUUAGGAUAAAAUAGCAGCCGAAAGAUGAGUUCGAUUUUUCCCAGUUUGGCAUAAAAUUUGAAAUUCACUUUAAAUUCACACCCAAGUGAAUAACCUUAAUGAUAUAGUAACAGAGAGAUGCACCAUGGAACUCUGACCUUCGGUGCGUGAUAGUUCUAUAAAGUACUUCCACUCAGCCUGGUAUUUUUGGUUUAGCAGUUGAUGUUUAUCCUUGCACAUGGAUUAAGAGCUAUUUUGGUUCCUGAAUUUGACCACUAUUGACCUCUUAUCCUUUGGCAGGCGAUCCAUUUAAAAAUAAAGUAAUCUUCAAAAUAGGACAUCAAUAUCGUGAAGCUACAAAGGAUGUUGCUUUCAAAAGCGUAUUGUUACAGUUAUAUUUUUAGGUAAAUUACAAGAAGAAAUAACAUUUGGGGAUAAAGGAAAAUAAGUGACUAUUUUUAUUUAUUUAUUAUUACAAACAAUAUAUGCAUUAAAGGACCACUCUAGGCACCCAGACCACUUCAGCUUAGGGUCCAGCUAGGGUUAACCCAUUUUUUUUUAUAAACAUAGCAGUUUCAGAGAAACUGCUAUGUUUAUAAAUGGGUUAAUCCAGCCUCUAAAGCCUCUAGUGGCUGUCUCAUUGACAUCCGCUAGAGGCGUUUGCGUGCCUCUCACUGUGAAAAUCACAGUGAGAAGACGCAAGCGUCCACAGGAAAGCAUUAUGAAUGCUUUCCUAUGAGACUGGCUGAAUGCGAGCGCAGCUCCUGCCGUGCAUGCGCAUUCAGCCGAAGAGGAGGAGAAGAGGCAGAGAGGAGGAGGAGAGCUCCCCUGCCCAGCGCUGGAGAAAGGUAAGAUUUUAACCCCUUCCUCUCCCCAGAGCCCGGCGGGAGGGGGUCCCUGAGGGUGGGGGCACCCUCAGGGUACUAUAGUGCCAGGAAAACAAGUAUUUUUUCCUGGCACUAUAGUGGUCCUUUAAGGUUACCUCACAGAAUAAAUAUCUCAAAUUAUGCACAUAUAUAAAUUAAAUAUAACAGACUAUAAAUAUCGCUGUUAACCAUUACCCUUGACCAUGUUCUUAUUAAUAAAUUCAGCUGUGCAAAAAGGACAAACAUUUAAAAUGAAUGAGUAUUUUGACAUGGAGACCCUCUAUAAAGGGACACUGUAGGCACUUUAUCUGCUUCAUUUCAUUAAGCUGAUUAUAGUAUCCAGAGUUUCCAAGUUCCAUAAUUUAAGCAUUAAACAUUUUUUCAUAUUUUUAUGUUUCAAUGCUAAAUUUAAUUCCCAGCAGCUGCUUCGGCGAAUGAGGAAGUACUAACAUGAGCAGCAAUGGGCCGCUAUGAUUGGCUGAGAGUGUCAGCUGUCUGUUUUUAGCCUAUCAGAGCUCCAAUUAACGGUAUGAAGAGUAUGAAUUCAAGGAAGUGUGUAAACUCUGCCUUGGCCACACCUCCAGAAGAGGCCAGACUGUGGAUGGCCUUGAUUCCUUAUUUAGUGUUAAACUGCUCUAAAAUGGUUUAACAUUGUAUGGAGAGACAGUACCAGGAGAUUCCAGGCAUCAUAACCAAUUCAAAGAGAUGAAAUGAUUAUAGUGAGUUCAGUGUCCCUUUAAGUAGUAAUCAGUUCAGGGCAUCAUAUAUUUAACCCCUUAAAGACACGACAUGUGUGACAUGUCAUGAUUCCCUUUUAUUCCAGAAGUUUGGUCCUUAAAGGGUUAAACAAUUUCUGACCUCGGUGGUCUUUGCUUAUUACCUUAAUCUUGUUUAGUUAACCAUUUAUCCCAAAUUCUGUUUUACAGAAAUAGUUAAUGUCUUGUUAAAUAGUACCUGUUUUUCCAUUAAACAUUGAUGAGAGAUCUGGUUUAUAACCCUUAACCAUUGUAUUUCAUCUUGAUUUUUCCACUGCCUUGCUAUUAUAAUUUUCAUGGGGAGUAAUAUUUGUAUUGUCCAGGCUUUAUUAGAAAAGCUAAGGUUAUCCAGACCUAUAUGGAAUAGGGCAGUUUCAGGUGACAUUGGAAUUAUCUCUGUCAAUUCUAAAGUUAGUGCAAAUAUUUUCCGCCAAAUACUCUCAAUUUUUUCAAGUGAAUCAAGUUACCAGAUUCUGUAUUACAUUUCCAACAUAUUGGAUUUGCUAUAGCUUUAAAUUUAUAUAAUUUCUCUGGGUAUACAUGCCAUCUAUAUACAAUUUUAAAAUGAAGUUCCUGUAAUGAUAGACAGUGAGUUAUCUUUCCUAUUUGAAUCCAGCUAUCCCACCAUUGUUCUUAUUUAUUGGAGAUGAGAUUUCCUUACCCCAUGACUCUAAAGCUGUACAUUUUGUCGUAGGUAGGCUAAAUUCUAGUAAGUCAUACCAUGCUCUUACUAUUUUUUUAUUCAGGUUAUUACACAUUAGCUUAUCAAAUUGAUCUUUUAUUGUUUUUUCUAAACUUGUGAUCAAAUUGGAGCGAAGAUAAUAUUUCAUUGUAAUUAAGAAAAAAAUUCUCCUUCACUGUACAUCCAUAAUCCUGUUGGAGCGGUCUAUAGGAUUUGAAUUUAUUUUUAACAUAUAAAUCUUGAAUUCUUAGUUUUUUGGUUUUUUUUUAAAGAAAAUAAGUGACUAUUGAUACAAAAAAAAUGAUGGUUUGGAGGAUGAUGGUGGUUUUGUGCUUGUUUAAAUAGGAUGAGCUAAUUCUCCUACAGAACAACAGGACACGUUACUAUAGAGAGUUUCUGGGAGUCAUGGGAGGUCGGAAAGUCAGCCACGAGCUUCUGGGAGAACCGGUGCAAAAAAUGUGUGAACAUCUUCCGAUCUACUGGGCUAAGAAGGGUGAGGGUAAGUAGAAUUUGCUCCUGUUUCCUAGGCAAAAAGGAAAGCCGGUAUGUGCAGAUUAAAGGAACACUCAAUGUACCAUAACCACUUCAGCUUAUUGAAGUGGUUAUGCUGUUAGAGGACGGUCCCUGUAGUUUUCAAUUUGUCAAACUGAUAAAACGGGACUUAAAAACAGAGAGAGUAGAUCCACUUACAAGUCAGAAAUCUGGAAUUUAACAUUUCCUUGCUCGCAUAAAAAUGAGAUGGUACAUCAGCACUGUUGUGGAGAGACAUAUAGGUGAGGCUCCCAAGAAGUGAGCACUUGCAAGUCCAAAGAGUGACCUGUCUGUGACGACUGAUGCUACAAGUCACUACACUUCAGAAGUUACAUACCAACUCACUUCCGAGUUGGUAUGUAAACUAGGAAGUGUAUUUUCUGCUCUGUGAUGGACAGAGCUUGUGGGUGGAGCUAUGUGCUCUUCUUUUAGGAUAUGUUUUAUCAGCUUACAUAUAAAAGAAUAAAAAUAUGCCAGGGUGGUUCAUUGGCACCAUAACCACUUCAAUAAGCUGUUGGAUCAUUUUCCAGACUGGAUAAUUAUUAUUACUUCUAUGGUUAUUCUGUAAGUGAAAAAAAUAGAGUGUUAUGAAGUUUUAGCUAGCUAGUACUUUAUUUUUUGUUGCCUAGAAAUUAAACUAGUAUCCACACGAUUUCCUAAUUAUAUUGACAGUCACUCUAUAAGACCUAAACAACCUAAAUCCAUGUUUCCAAUCAUGAUGUACAUCUUAGACAGCUCAGAAGGUUUUUACAUGUUGGGGUGACCACAUUGUUUUAAUAAGGGAAGUUUAGGGCUCUAAUUAAUACAUUGAAGACAGUGGUUGAAGAAUUGAAGAAAGAAAAAACAAAAAAGGAAAAAGAAAAACAAACUAAACUAAUAUCACCCUGUGUCUAAACACAACCCUAAAAUAGGUCUCCUUCCUUUGGCCAGCUGAAACAGAUGGCAUCCAUGGAAUAAAAGGGAUUGUUUAGAAAGAGAGCAAUUCUAGAGUUCUGAAAGUCUAGGAAUCAGCAGUAAAUUCUAAUUGUUUUCCCAUGGUGAUUGACUCUGCCUGUCCCUGAUAAUCUCAAAUACCAUUUUAAAGGAGCAUAAAUUAAAAGGAUACCAUAAGUAAUUUACUUAAUUUACUCUAGCGAUGAUGUCCCUCUACGCUGAGUCAUGGCUCCGCCUCAGUCCUGCGACGAGCGGGCGCUAAUGUGCAUGCGCUGCAAAUGCCGCACACGCAUUGGACCUCCCCCAUAGGAAAUCACUAAAUCAAUGCUUUCCUAUGGGGAAAAAAAUCUGGCGCUGGAUGUCAUCACGCUGAGCAUGAGGACGUCCAGCGUCAGAUUCCUGGACCAAAGGUCUGUUUGGAUACAGGAUGCGUCUCCAGUGGCUGUCUACCAGACUUAGUGCUGCAAUGUAAACAUUACAGUUCUCUGGAAGUGCAGUGUUUAACAUUGCAGCACUAAGGGCAAUAGGGACACAGCACCUAGACCACUUCAAUGAGCUGAAGUGUUCUGGGUGCCUAUAAUGUCCCUUUAAGUUGUCAUGGUGUGAGGAGGUCUCUGGGCAAUGGCUUACCUCAAGGACUUAAACGGUUAACAAGUAGUUUAACCCCCAAAUCUUAAAUCUGGUGCCCAUUGGCUCUGCCCAACAACAUCCGCCGCAAUCCUAUGCUUGAACCAGGAAACCCCAGACAGGGGCACCAUUGAUAAGCUAAGAGCUACGAUCUCGCUUCCCUUUUACAAAAUGGUUUGGGAGACGUACGUGUUUCUCAAGCCGUUCUGUGAAUGUGGAACCAAUGAUUGGCGUAGUGGGUCAUCUAAUGGUCUCAGUCUAUCAGGAGCUCCCCUGUUUAAGGCUUGGAUUGCGGUUGGUGGGCAUCUGUUCAUUAACGGUUUACCCUCUUGAGGUAACCGGAGACCACCUCACAAGACAACUUCAUUUUAAUUAAGUAGCUAUAGGGCCCAGUGUCCUUUAAGCUAUUAUGUUAUUGGGUAUACAGUGUUAAAGGCAUGCACAACAAUGCAGAUAUUAUCCUUGGGUUUAUUGAGCUGCUAAACUCACUCUAUUCUCUCCAAAUAUAGGUCCAGCACGGCAGCGUCUGAUUUACCUCUGCAUUGACAUCUGCUUUCCAAACAACAUCUGUGUGUCUGUCUGUUUUUACUACUUGCCUGACUGAAGCCUCCUUCACAGGGAUCCUGGCGCCUCACUAACUCCGCUCUGCUUUGGGGCAGGCAUUGCACACUACUGGAGAAAAUAACUGGGUUUAUAAUAAGUGUCGAAUUGAAUAUCUGACUGCCAAUUAAGUUGCUCCUCAAACACUAUCAGAUUAGCAGCAGUCAAUGUACGAUCAGAUUAAUAGCAUUGGUCAAUAAUUGUACUAUAAUAAUAAAAACAGGGUAUUGAAGGGUUUCCAGUAUUAUGGGGUUGGAGAGAAUUAUUGGUGGUGCUUGUAUAGGCUAUAAGAAAUUGCCGCUUUCCCCACAAGUCUCCCAUAUAGUUUGGCAUUUUUUAAAAGAGGAAGUGUAAAUGGAUAUCAAUGAAUACAAUAAAUCAUAUUGAUGAUUUCUGUUGUCUUUCCUGUGGAGUAUGU